CGAAUGUUGCACAUGCAACACAUCACUUGGUUGCUCUUCUGCAAUGCUCUGAUUUGCCCAGAGAUAAUCAAGCGGGAUUGAGCAGGGAUGUAUAUCUCAGCAUGAUAUCUGCAAAACAAUAACCGGAUUCUUUCAUCGAAUUCUUUAAUGCCAAACUUUCCCAUAGCUCCCGCAAAUUGAUGAUGUCACUCGCGGCUCGACCAAAAUAACCAUGCCAACAACAAAACGGGUGUCGUUCGUGUCUCUCCCCGAAACAAACACACCCAAAGAUGCAGCCGACGAGGUCCCCACCCAGCAUCGGGCCCUCGUCUUCACAUCGACGGCCACGGGCCUCGAGUUGAAAACAGUCCCGACGCCGAGGAAUCCACAGCUGGGCACCGCGCUGGUCCGCGUCGAGGCGGCCACCAUCCUGUCCUACCAGGGCGGCAUAUACAACGGCACGCGCCAAUACCCACAGAUCGCCUCCCCACAUUCCGGCGGCUACAGCGGGGUGGGCCGCAUAGCCGCCGUGGGCGCCGACGCCACCACGCUGCGGGUCGGGCAGUUCGUCUUUGCCGACUGCGACGUGCGCGCCCGCGACGGCGACGGGUGGUUCCUCGUCGGCACGCAGACCGCCUGCGACGCCGGCGCGCGCCGCGUCAACGACGAGGUGUACCGCGACGGCGCCUUUGCCGAGUACUUUACCGUCCCGCUCGAGAACUGCCACCCCCUCGACGAGCCGCGCCUGACGCGCGAGCUCGGCUAUUCGGUCGCCGACGUCGCCUACAUGAGCUACCUGCUCGUCGCGUACGGUGGUCUGCGCGACGUCGGCCUCGAGCCCGGCGAGACCGUCGUCAUCGCGCCCGCCACGGGCGGCUUCGGCGGCGCCGGCGUGCUGACUGCCCUGGCCAUGGGGGCGCGCGUCGUCGCCAUGGGCCGGAGCGAGCAGGAGCUGGCCCGGCUAAAGGUGCACGCCGCCGCGGGGUACCCGGGGAGGGACGACAUGGUCGAGACGGUGCGCAUCACGGAUGACGAGGCGGGGAUCGCGGCGCAGCUGAGAGCGCUGGGAACCAUCGACGCGGUGCUGGACUUUUCGCCGCCCGAGGCAGAGGGGUCUUGCUACUUGAGGUGCGCCAUCAGGUCGCUGCGGCCAAAGGGCAGGGUGUCGCUGAUGGGCUUCUCGACGGACUUUGCCGACCAUGCCGUGGUCAUGAACAGUCUCUGUCUGCGGGGCAAGGUCAUGUACGAGCGAGACGACGUGUCGCGGUUUGUCAAGUUGCUCGAGCGGGGGCUGUUUCCGCGCGGCAAGGACUUUGUCGACACCAAAGUGUUUAGGCUCGACCAGGCAAACGAAGCGCUGGACGCCGCAGCAGAACAUGCUGGGUGUGGCCGGUCUGUGGUGUUUGCUCCUUGAAACCGAAACAGUUUACUGCGAGUUUUAAUGUUCCAAGAUGGUUGUGUGCCUUUACGGUGGAGUGCACAGCUUGCAUAUAUUUUUGUAGUGGCCAGGCAUGUAGCCCAGGCCUUUCCGGGUGUUCCAGUGCUUGGUUACAACACCUUUUUCCUCUACGAUAGGCCCUUAAUUCACUGUUCCAGAGCCGCACGUAUGGCUCAACGUUUAGUCUCAGCAUUGGCCGUUGAUGCAUCCGUCUUUGGCACUGAGGCUGUGUUUGACUGCUCCCUGA